UUAUGGUUGAAUCUAUGGUCCGGCUCCCAAAAUCACCGAAACUCGCAAGCCGAUCCACCCGUUCUAGUUUGUACAAGAACUUCGCCAAGGUUCAAGAUCCACGUUAAGGAAAUAAAAAAAUUGUCAAGUUAGAAACGAGAAACAGAUAAUAAUUAGAAUGUAAAAAAAUAUAGGUUACUGAAGAAAAGUCGUAGAAAGUGAUAUUUCAGUUAACAUAGAAGCGAAUUCAAAAUUAUAUAAUUAGUUAAUGAUAACGCAAAAGUUAUGCUUAUGGUAUAUUUUAUUAAUUUAUUGUCGUUGUAUAAUACCACACAGAUAUAAUAAAUGUUUAGUGUAUAUAUUUAUACUAAAACUUUUUAUUUUAUACCUUUUAGUUGUAUACACUUGUAUGCUUAUGGUUGUGUUGAAUUUAGAUGAGAAAAUGGAUUAUUACAACAUUCCCACAAUGAGCAGAGCCGGUUGGUGCUUCCCCACCCCGUGAUUUAUAUAUAUGUAGUUAUGAUCUUUUACGCGGGCUACUUAUGUCAGUUCAAAAUUCAAAUGGCAAAACAGAACAGUACAUAAAAAGUUUGCUUCUUAAUAAAAUACUAAGAAUAUAAUUAUUGAUUUGAUUAAGUUGAAUAUGUUUUUAUAAGUUAAGUGUUUAAUUUGUGCUCGAAAAUGAAAAUUAGAAGAGUUUCUCAAAUAAUAACUGUUAUUACGAGGAGAUGCAGUACUCAGAAAUCUUACUCUACCGCAGCCCUACCGUUAACUACUGAAAAUUUUGAAGACGUCGUUGCCGAAUGUUAUCCAAGACCCUACAGUGAAAUUCCAGGCCCUAAACAAUUGCCAAUCAUAGGGAAUUCCUGGAGGUUUGCGCCUGUCAUUGGUCAUUACAAAAUUCAAGAUUUGGAUAAAGUUAUGUGGUCACUGUACGAAGAAUAUGGCAAAAUAGUAAAAGUGGGGGGACUUAUUGGACACCCUGAUUUAUUAUUUGUUUUCGAUGGGGACAAUAUACAAAAAAUUUUUAGACAAGAAGAGCAUAUGCCCCACAGGCCUUCGAUGCCGUCACUUCACUACUACAAGGAACGUUUGCAAAAGGACUUUUUUGAAGGACAUGAAGGAGUUAUUGGCAUACAUGGUCCAAAAUGGGAUCGUUUCCGAAAACAAGUACAACAAAUUAUGUUAACACCAUCAACUGCCAAAAGUUACGUACAACCAUUAGAUGAAAUUGCUUCUGAUUUCCUGAACAGAAUGAAGGAGUCUCUUGAUGAAAACGCGGAAUUACCAGAAAAUUUUCUGUUUGAAAUCUAUAAAUGGGCACUAGAGUCUGUUGCCCGAGUAUCCUUGGAUACAAGAUUGGGAUGUUUGGAGCCUAAUCUUCCAAAGGAUUCCGAGUCCCAGAAGAUUAUAGAUUCUAUAAACACUUUUUUUUGGAAUGUAGCAGAAGUAGAAUUAAAAAUGCCCAUUUGGAGAAUAUAUAAAAAUAAACCUUUCAGAAAAUAUAUCGGAGCAUUAGAAGACUUCAGAACUCUUUGUAUGAGAAAUAUUAGCAGAGCAAUGAUUACAAAGGCCAAUUCGAAUAUAGUUAGUAAGAAAGAUGGAAAUGCUUCAAUUUUGGAGAGGAUAUUAAAAAAGACUGGAAGCAGCAAAACUGCUGCAGUUUUAGCAUUAGAUCUACUUCUCGUUGGAGUGGACACAACGUCGAUAGCAGUAGCUUCAACCCUGUAUCAGCUAGCAAUCAACCCUGAAAAACAAGAAAAACUAUUUAAAGAGCUUAAUGAAGCACUCCCUGAUUCGGACACUGCAAUUAACGAAGCAGCUUUGGAAAAGUUUCAUUAUUUAAAGGCAUGCAUUAAGGAAACAUUAAGAAUGUACCCUGUAAUAAUUGGAAAUGGACGAAGUUUAACUUCUGAUACAAUUAUAGAAGGAUAUAUGGUACCAAAAGGGACGCAUGUUAUAUUUCCGCAUUUGGUUGUAAGCAAUAUCACAAAAUAUUUCAAAAAUCCUAACGAAUUUUUACCUGGCCGGUGGUUAAAAUUGAAAGACAGUGAUGGGGGGUGCAAGCAUGCUCACAAAAUCCACCCUUUCGUUUCAUUGCCUUUUGGAUAUGGUAGAAGGUCCUGUCUCGGAAGGCGUUUCGCGGAAAUUGAACUUCAAAUACUUCUUGCAAAGAUAUUUCGUAAAUACAAAGUGGAAUACCACCAUGAGCCUUUUACUUACAAAAUUACUCCUACGUAUGUGCCUGAACAACCCCUUAAAUUUCGCCUAAUACAAAGAAAUAAAUAACAGAAGAAUUAAGUGAUUACAUACAUGUAUUUUAAUAAUCAUAUUAUGCACCUAACUAUGUUUUUUUAUCUGUUAAUUCUGUUUUAAUAUUCUGUUUAACCAAAAAAUAAUAAAUAAUAUAGAUGUAGAUUUAAUUUUUUGUUUAGACUUUUCA